AUGCAAGCCCCUUCACCCAGUUGUGGUAAGCCAUACCUUGCCCCCCUCCCAAGCCUGCGGUCGGUCUCAGCCUCACCGGUGCUUUCCGGCCGCCCAAAACUAUUGAUCGCGGCGAUAUGACUGGGGCCGCUGAAGCUCUGAAGGCUUGGCGCUGACCUUGCUCCAUGAACGGAACCCCCGCCCCCCCACGUCCUCUGCAGCACUGGCCACGGAGCUGAAUACGAUCUGCACCCGAUUUGGCGAGAUCCUGUCGAGGACAAGUCAGAGUGAGUCAAUAGUCGGUGCUCUGCUCGCCCGGCCUGUGGCCCUGUGCCCCUGCGAGUGCAGCAGUUGGGGUCGCUGCACUCGCGGGCGGCCUUCGCGGUGACUGGCACCCGCGAUCUCGGGCAUUCGAAGCCGACUGCGGAGAACCCGAUCGAGCUGACGAACGGUUUAUAUUGCGACGAUAUGUGAUUUGUGGUUUUGUUCCGAGUGGUGCAGUUGCUGCGAUCGCCGGCGUGUCCUUUUACUCGCAAGUGCAACAGGAGUUGUCGCAGCAGUCGAUUCAGUCACUGCUCGUCGAGGAGGCACCGGUCGUCGACUCGUCGUCGGCCAGGUCGAUCAAGCAUGAGCUCAGGUCCCAUCAUGAGCUCAAUGACGACCUCCCUACAUCGUCGAAUGAGCUUCAACGGUUUUGGAAGCGGACAAUGGAGGACUGGAUCGGCCAGCAGCUGCAGGCGCGAGGCGACGGUCCAGCAACGUCCGCCGUAUCGCCAACGAACUUUACCGAUUCGUCGAUGCAGCCCACAAACGACUCGAAACCGCAACUUUUGCUCGACCCGAGUAAUAAUGUUACUUCAGGCUCCUCUUUACUGUCGCCGCAUCCCAUGGAUCCGUUGAAUCUCGGAUUUUCUGGCACGGCAACUCCACCCUUUUCCCCUUACGCCUCGCCGAGUCCUCAUCGGGCCAUGAGCGCAAGUCCGAUACCGGGCAGUGCUCCGCUUUCACCCUUCAUGCCUAGUACGUCCAUCUGGUACAAUAUCCUCUCGCGCGAGCCAACUGAUUCCUUGGACCCCUCGCUGACCAUCACCGGUGGUGCUUCAACGUCCCCCACAGUUAGCCCCUUCGUUCUGCAACCUUCGCCCUUUCUUUCCCCUUUCCAAUUUGCCAGCUAUUAUGCUGCCUCGAUGGUCCCGGUUCCCUCACAGGGCCUGGCUAUGCCUAUGCCCAGCUCCUCGGGCUCAACUACCCCACUCGCCACCCAAUUCGGCAGCCUGGAAGUCGAAGAGUCGUACCCCUGGAGCUCGGGGAACAUCGGCUAUGAAACGAACCAUAACGCCACGACGAUGACACCGAUGGUGCAGCCCCCGACCCCGACCCCCUUCGACAACUCUGUUAGUACGCCCGAUCAUUCCGAGUCUCCCGGCGCCAGGCGUCUGUCCUCGGCAUCCCUCCCGAGACUCGUCACUACGGGCCUCUCCCCGUCCACGGGCUACACGCAGUCCCCGACCAUCAACAUCUCUGGCUCGCUGACCCCGGACCCGUCCUCGCUCGAUGAUUCAGGUCACUCGAGGACACGGUCGCUUUCGGUCUCAGAGUCGCCGAAUCCAGGUGGCCGCGUCAGUCACCAUCGACGGCUCUCGAGCGGAUCCGUGCGCUACCACCCCUUCCCGACACCGCCUCGGGGGGACUCGAGCCCCCACUUGCAGGGCUUGAAUGAUCACUCCCUUUCGGCUAUCAUGACGCCGUCUCCGAGCUCGCUGCUAUCAGACUUCACUUCGACGACCUCGAAUUCGCCGCAGUCGUCGAACGAGUCGGCGUCCGGGGCGGCGCCACAGAAACUGGUCAAGAAGCGCCGAUCUCGCUCCACAGACACACGGUCCCGAACGACGCGAUCGGUGCAGUACGACGAAAACGCCGUCUUCUCGACAAAUUCGGUCGAUGUCUUCAUCGUUCACACCCAAACCCGCUCCAAAAGCGAGGUGACUGAGCAAGACGUGCUGGAGCUCGAACUUGACUUGGAACCGGGAGCCAAUGCCGUGACGUCGACAUUGUACCGGACCGUGCAUUCGCGCCUGCCAUACACACAUGAGAUGCUGGAGCAGGACUGCGAGCUCAGAAAAUCGUACCACUUCGUCUCAAGUCGCGCUGGUGCGAUCACCAAGUGGAUCAUGUCGUACGAUUUUGGGAAUCCCAAGGUCGAGGAAGGGCAACGACAGCCCCGUGUUCGGAUCGAGCCAGUCGAGCCGCUCAGCCACUGCCUACCGUCGGACAGCAUCCUCACGUUCGUCCAUUUCCCCCGAGAUUCGAUGGUCGUGGAUCCGACUCAUCCCAUCGGCUCGAGUGCGUGGUGGAGGGUUCAGGCAUGCGAGGGCCGACAUGAACACUGCCCCGGAACGGGGGCCUGGACCGCGAGGUGGGACGAGGAAGGAUCCGAGCGUCGGCCGUCUCGCAUCGUUCAACACUACGCCGCUUGCUCUCUACACAAGGACGAGGGCGACUUUUUCUGCCUCGGCAAGUUCGCACGAGCGAUCAAGCGUGUCGUACCCCACCGAACCACGUGA